CAAUUGUAAACAAACAAGAAUUAACAAACAAUGUUCCGACGCUGUGAAAAUACGAAAAUUAUGGCCUGUUGUAUAUGUCUUGCUAAUAAUUUUACUGAUGGGAUAAUGUUAGAUACCGGAAGUCCUUGGUUACAAUAUUAUAUUUUCUGUAUUGGUGUUACUAUAAGUGCCGAUGAUAUCCCUAGAAAACUUUGCGGUGAAUGUCAAAUAAAACUGAAGAAUUUCACAAAUUUUAAAGAGAUGGCACACAGAUCUGCUAACCUUUGGCAGUCUUUUAUCAAUAAUGAAGAAAAACACAUAGUUAUUGAUGUACAACAAAAGAAAGAAAAUGAAUAUAACUUGUUUAAUGAUUGCAUGGAUAUUGAUGAGACCUUUUGUGAGGAAGCUGAAUGUGACAAAGAAGUUGAUAUAAAAUUUCUAAAUCAAACUAUUAAAACAGAUGUUUUUAAUGAAAAUGAAGAUAUAAAAUGGAAUAUUAGUGAUAUAAAAGUGAAGGAAGAAUAUACAGAUGAUAACAAAAAUGAUGAAAAAUUUGGUAAUGGGACCUUUUCUUAUGAAUACGGAGAAGACAAAAGUAAUUGCACAGAUAAUAAAAAAAUAAAACGCAAGAAAACGCUAAAACCAGAAAAAAUAAAAAAUAGCAAAAAGGAAGUGGCUCCUAGCCGUGAUUGUGGAUUAUGUGAGAAAACUUUUACCGAAGACGAAGAAUUAUAUCAUCACCUGAUUGUGCACGGCACCAACAAUGAUUUGUGUUGCAAGCUAUGUGAUUUCAAUGGAGGGGAUUUCGCCGACAUGGUGUCUCAUAGGUUCACGCAUGCCUCAAAAGAAUUCAAAGUGCAAUUUAGGUGUCAUUUAUGUGAUAAGCGUUUUGCUGUUCAAAAGCGCUUGCAGUUUCACUACAGGUCAUUGCACUUAAAUAAAAAAGGUGGAAAGUGCACUUUGUGUAGUAAACAAUUCAUCAAUUAUAAAAAGUGGGCAAACCACGAACGGCUCCAUAUAACAGAGGGGUUCAUAUGCGAUAUUUGUGGGAAAAGGUUUUUAUUUCGUCAUCAAAUUAUAGACCACUUGAAAUAUCAUAAUGAAGAAAAUAGUUUUAUAUGCGAUGUGUGUGGUCGUGGAUUUAAACGAAAUAAUAAUUUAAAGCAACACAUUCAAACGAGGCAUGAUUCCUCCAACGUUAAAUGUACACACUGUAAUAAAAUGUUCAAAAAUACAAUGAGCCUCAAAGUUCACUUGCGGGAACUCACCUGUGAAAAACCUUACAAAUGCGAUGUUUGUUUAAAGUGCUUCAGAGCGCCUAGUCUUUUGAAGAGUCAUAUGGUAUGGCAUCAAGACAUCCGAAGUUUUGCUUGUGGUGAAUGUGGUCUCACUUACAAAUCUAAACAGGGUUUGAAAACACAUAUGCUGAAACAUACAGGUCAUUUGCCACACAAAUGUGUUCAGUGCACGAGAUGUUUUGCGACUUCUUCACAAUUGAAAACGCAUACAUCAUUACAUACAGGAGUACGACGACACAAGUGUCCCCAGUGUCCAAGGAGUUUUCAUGGGAGAAAAGAUGUGUUGGCACACAUCGACAAAUGUCGUAAUGUUAAGUUCAAUAGUAAAUCAAAAAAUACUGAUAUUAUUCCAAGUAUUGGUUAAGUCGUGUGGUAUUGUGUUCCUACAAUGAGUAAAGUCCCACAAGUUCUCCAGACGCAAUUGAAAAAGGGUAAAAAGGAAUGAUAGUCCUGCCUGCUCUUCGGCCUGUUCGCUGUGAUGACCGCUGCCAAGCGUGGCUGCAUGUUCUGGUUCAACAUUACCUUUUUUUUGUUAAUGAAAUGAAACAGAUUGAGCAUAAUAAUAUGAUGUGAUAUUGAUAAAUCUUAGUCUUUAGAAAACCGUAUGUUUUCAUGCGAAAUAUAUCUACUCGUUGAUCCAAAUGUAUCUAAUAUUACAAAAACCGUAAUAAUUGUAGAGUUGUUGGUUAAGAUUUAUCUAGUAAUACAAAACCCUAAUUACUUUUCAUUUAUAUAUUUUAGUUUGAUUUCAUAAACUGAAAGUUUUCGAGUAGGUGACGAUUCGGACACUAUAUAUUCGGACAAAGUUUUUGAAUCAAUAUAUUUUAAUAUAAUUUUGACUGAUAAUUCUGACACUUAUAAAAUAUCACAUUGUACAGUCAGAUAAAAACAUCCAACGCCGUCUUAAAAAUAAUAUGUAUACACAGAUACGGGCCUUAGCAGCCAUGUUGUAAGGAUUUACUUAAGUGCAGUACUUAGCGAAAACGCGCUCAAGCAGUUAUUACACUCUACAAUAAAUAAUCAGCGUACGACACACGACAGAGCCUAACUUAAUUUAGUAUUCACACUGCUUUAAAUUUCAUUGUCCUCGAAAGAUAUACGCCCAAAGCAUGGAGCAUGAAGAAGAAGUGGUUGUCCUGUUCUUCAAAAAGGGUGGUGACAAGGAACUUUUAAAAACCCUCGACCAAUCUCACUUCUAAACCAUGUUAAUAAGUUGACUAGUUGCCCGCCCUCGCUUCGCUUCGGCGUAGAGCUAUAAUGUGGACUAUAGUUUUUGUUCUCAGGCUUGUAUUAUACACAAGACUUGCUUUAUAAAAUUAUAAACCUUGCGUGAAAAAUUAUUUAACUGAUAGAGAAAAUUUUGCUGCGUAGUUUAGGACCCGUUGUAUAGAAUGCAUAAUUGCUCUACUGUUAUAAAAAAUGAGUACCCCUUACCAUUGGUCCAUGCCCGUAUUAUUAAAUGUAUCUAGUGACGCAGUGGUUUGUACACACCCAUCACUUUAACACUCACCAGCCAAUCAAUUAAUAUGUCCAUUUCCCUCUUUACAUAACAGAAGUUUAUAGAAGAAAUAAUGACUCGUCCAGGCUACGCAUGGGAGUAUUGUAUGGCUAUGUAGUGGCGUUCUGUCGAUAUUAUUGGUGGAUUAUAAUCACUGGUUUGAGCUCCGUAAUCCACAAAUUAUCUCGACAGAACGCGACUACAUACCAAGAUUGUUCAGGGAAGCGAUUGAAAUAACCAAACACAAGAAUUUAAAUCAUGAAUCGGGUUUAAAUUGUCAAAUGUCUGGAAUCCACUGGUUCGUAUGUGUGAAAACCGCAAAAAUCAAAAAAGUGGCGUUCCGCGAUCUGAUACUGUGAGUAUUGUGUGUCGGGAACAAGUGCGAAUGAAUAGUGAGAAUGUGACCAGUGGUAGGGGUAUCGAGCGCAGUAAAAGACGUCAGAAGGUAGACCGAUAUGUCUGCCAAUAACAUUUACCCGCAAUUACUUCAGUUACUCCGUGAUCAUGGCCCUUGCAAUAGUGUCGAAAUAUCGGAGACUCGGGUAAUAAUCCCAUAAAUAGCCAUAAGGUUUUUUUAUGUUUCAGUUUGAUUUAUCUAAGCCAAGUUUCAAAGCUGUCAAGCUAGCCAAACUCGUUUUCCCAUACAAACUUUGAACCCCCUAUAUCACCCAAUUCACGAUGCCUACGUAAUUUAAACAACCUAUUUACUAAAUAUUAUGUCUCUACUACUACUUGAUACUAUACGACUCAUUUGUAAACUUAUACCUACAUAUUUACAUAUAAUUAUCACAAUUAGGUACUACUACACUAGUUAUUCUUACUACUUAUUUUAUUAUUAAGUGUACCUACCUACAUUUAAUAGGACGACGACGAACCUCACCUAACUAAUGUAAAACCUAACUUUAAGUGAAAUUGUGUUAUCACAUAAUUGGCAAUGUUUGUCUUUGUGAAUAAUAAAGAUCUUUAAACCUAAACCUCUACGAUCAUCAGUGUAGGCGUGCGUUGACCCACUAUUUAAAACUUCAACAUGCUAUCUUUGUUUUAUUAGGGUAGUUUUGUAAAAAUAAAACACAGAUAGCAUUUUUGUUUUAAACAGAGUAAGUGUGCAACAUUUUAAUCAAUCCUAUGAACUUUUAGAUCAUCUCCCAUACAAAACUUUGACACGAAAUUUUGUAAUUUUUUGAGGGUAGUUGUAACAUGCUUAGUGUACAUCUGUUAAAUAAUGUUUAUGCAAAAUUUGCAGUUAAUAAAUAAUAAAUAUUUCCAACACUCACACCAAUUAGCCUAGUCCCAAAGUAAGCACUAUUAAGCUUGUGUUAUGGGAUACUAGGGUAACGGAUAGAAUACAUACUGUACAUAUAUAAGUAUUUUUUUAUAGUAAUACAUAUUAAACAUCCAUGACUAGAGUACAAAUGCUCGUAUUCAUCACACAAACAUCUGCCCCCACCGGGAUUUGAACCCAGGACCUCUCGACUCGGCGACACCAUGUAACCCGGCGUACAAACCACUCGGCCACGGAGGUCAUCAAAUAGGUUCAAGGGAUAAGAUUUUACGAACAAAAGUCUUUUGCAAAUUUCACGUUUAAGAGGCUGAAUUUCAAAAAAUCCCAUCGUAUUACUUGUCUAGGAAAUAAUUGGAAUCUACUGUCCAAAUUUCGUCAUUCUAGGUCCAGCCGUUUCGGCUGUGCGUUGAUCAGUCAGUCAGUCUAUCAGUGUAUUCUUUACUCUUUAUAAAUUAGUAUAAUCAUAAUCAAAAUCAUUUAUUCAGUUGAGGCUGUUACAAGCACUCAUGAAUGUCUAGAAGCUACGCCAUCGGUUCGUAAAUCUACGGCGGGAGACCUUGUACUGAGAAGAACCGGCAAGAAACUCAGCAAGGGCUGUUUUUUUCUCCCUGUUUUAUUAUUUACAGAGUCGUCAAAUUGAAAAAUGACUUCAGAGGUGAUUCAUGAAGUCACUUUUCAUUACAUAAUUAUUAAAUAUACAUUAAUUGUUUACCUGCAUUUUGAUUGCUGUGUCAUACAGUAUAAGUACAAAUAGUGUUAUUUAUAGUCAGUGUUACUAAACAUUAACUUCAAUAUAAAGGAAGUUAGGGCAGACUCACCUCCGCUGGCAGCACCUGUUCACGAGCAUGACGCAUGAACCAGCCAUCGCUUCGCUCAACCAUAUUUUAGGGAACGUAACGACCCGCCUCACACGACACCGCCGAAGAGACUAUUAUGAGAGCAUGACUAACUAUUAUGAGAGCAUGACUGACUAUAGAUUUCGAGAGUUAUUACGAAUCGUCUCACAAGCAGGUUUGAUGACAACCUCCCAAACGAGCUAAGUUCCGAAAACGAGUUAGUAACAUAGACCAUAUUCAUACGCUACGGAUACAGAUUUUACAGAUAAUCAAAGAGUAUAAUCUGCCACUUUGCUUGGCGUUCGUGGACUUUUAAAAAGCCUCCGAAUCCAUUGAGACCUAGCUGGUGUUUCAGUCUCUCCAAAAUUGCCAAGUAGAUCACAGGUAGGUCGUGGUG